AGGAUGACUGACCCUUGCUUCUGUGCAACGAUUAAUAAUUGAUGAGCUUGUAGUCAAGAAUCUUAGUAAAAGGAAACUGGUUCUUUGGGCUGUCAUCUCUUACGUGGUAAUCUGCAGAAGGCAAGAGGUGUUGCAGAGUUCACGGGCAGGAAAAUGAAGGGGGUCCUGGUUCUCCUGCUCGCUGCAGCUCUGGGCCAUGCUCUAGAGAGAGGCCGAGAUUAUGAAAAGGAAAAAGUAUGCAAAGAAUUUAUCAGUCUGGGGAAGGAAGACUUCACAACUCUAUCACUAGUCCUAUACAGCAGAAAAUUUCCCAGUGGCACGUUUGAACAGAUCAGUCAGCUCGUGAAGGAAGUUGUCUCCUUGACCGAAACCUGUUGUGCUGAAGGGGCUGACCCCAACUGCUAUGACACCAGGACCUCAGCACUAUCUGCCAGAUCCUGUGAAAGUGACUCCCCAUUUCCAGUGCAUCCAGGAACCCCUGAGUGUUGUACCAAAGAGGGCCUUGAACAGAAACUCUGCAUGGCAGCCCUGAAGCACCAGCCACAGGAAUUUCCUACCUAUGUGGAGCCAACAAAUGAUGAAAUCUGUGAGGCAUUCAGGAAAGAUCCAAAAGAAUUUGCUGACCAAUUUAUUUAUGAAUAUUCCAGUAAUUAUGGACAAGCUCCUCUACCCCUUUUAGUGAGUUACACCAAGAGUUACCUCUCUAUGGUCGGAUCCUGCUGUACCUCCGCUAGCCCCACUGUGUGCUUUCUGAAAGAGAGACUCCAGAGCAAACAGUUAUCACUUCUCACCACCUUGUCAAAUAGAGUCUGCUCACAAUAUGCUGCUUACGGGAAGGAGAAAUCAAGGCUCAGCCAUCUCAUAAAGUUAGCCCAGAAAGUGCCAACUGCUGAACUGGAGGAUGUUUUACCACUCGCUGAAGAUAUUAAUAAAAUCCUCUCUAAGUGCUGUGAGUCUACUGCUGAGGACUGCAUGGCCAAGGAGCUGCCUGAACACACGGUAAAAAUCUGUGAUAACUUAUCCACAAAGAAUUCUAAGUUUGAAGACUGUUGCCGAGAAAAAACACCCAUGGACAUUUUUGUGUGCACUUACUUUAUGCCAGCUGCCCAACCACCUGAGCUGCCAGACAUUGAGAUGCCUACGAAUAAAGAUGUGUGUGAUCAAGGACACGCCAGAGUCCUAGAUCAGUAUACAUUUCAACUAAGUAGGAGGACUCAUGUUCCAGAAGUCUUCCUCAGUAAAAUUCUUGAGCCAACUCUGAAGAGCCUUGGUGAAUGCUGCGUCUCUGAAGACUCUACUGCCUGUUUUAAUGCUAAGGGGCCUCUACUGAAGAAAGAAUUAUCUUCUUUUGUUCACAAGGGACAAGAACUAUGUGCAGAUUAUUCAGAAAACACAUUUACUGAAUACAAGAAAAAACUGGCAGAGCGACUGGCAGCAAAACAGCCUGAUGCCACGCCCUCCCAACUGGCCAAGCUGGUGGAGGAGCGCUCGGACUUCGCCUCCAAGUGCUGUUCCAUUAAUUCGCCUCCUCUCUACUGUGACUCAGAGAUUGAUGCUGUGAUGAAAAAUAUCUAGUAACCUUGGUGCUUUUGUAUUAUCUUGGACCUACAGCUGGAACCACCAUGGAGCAUGACCUCUGAUGGCCGAACCUGAGCAAAACUGCUGAGUUUCUAGGGAAACAACUAGGAUACUCCCUACUUUUUCCAGCUACAAUCUUUUCGUACAACCAUAAGUAUGAUGAUUUGUUGUCAAAAUAAAUUGAAAUAUAAUACACACUAUUAAUAUGAAUUAAAAUGAUCUUAAUCUUUA